AUGGGAAAUGGUGACAGAAACUCUGUGGUGAAGCAUGUUGUUUAUGGACUGCUGACAAGAUAUGUGCGUUUCCUGCCACAAACUUACAAGGGUUUGGUGUGUCUGAGAACAGAAGUGUUUGGAGGAAACAAAAGCCAGGUAUAUGUCAGGCAUGAUAAUAUUACAUAACCAAAGGAGGUUCAAUAUAUACAUUUAUCAUAUUGCUGGCAGUGCAUGUGGGCAAUAUGAAGCAAAUCCUGUGUUCUGAUUGGCUAUCUGAGCUCAUCUUGCUUGCUCAAGAUUGCCCUCUUUGAUCCUGUGUAAGAAAAAGUGGACUUACAAAGUUAGUAACUUUUGCAUAAUGUGAUAAAGUUGCAAAAAGAGGCAGAACAUAGUCAAAACAGAAAAAACAUAAGCAACAUUUUUGGGUUUAUUAUGCUACAAACACGGUUAGCUUCCUUCCCUGGCUCUUGAAAUUAACAAGUUAUUCUUGAUUCUUAUGAAAGCAAAAUGUUUAGCUAUAUAAUAAAUCCCUUAUUGACCAAACUUGUUUAGGUAAGAUGGCUGGUUAUUGACUUGGUUACUUUUUCUAUUUUUGUGGACCUUGACUUUGUCUCUGUCAACAAAAUUAUGGAAAAAAGAACUUGGUUGGUAUACAGCCAUCUUGACCUCACACUUGGUCAAUAACCCAUUUAUAUAUGUAGAUUUUAUAUUCUGGUAUUCUUUGAUACUUUUAGAAAAGAUUUGCUUGCUUAGCAAGUCCAUUGUUCAAAACUAAGUUUCUUUGAGAUUAUCUUUGUGGAAGGUUUUGUCAGUGCUAAGUGAAAUAUAGACAAACAGAGGCUUGACAAAUUGUAGUAUGUUGCAAUUGUUAAAUCAACUGAAUAACUAGGCAAAAGGUAGUCAUUUUAUAACAGAAGUGAGGAAGUGAUAGAAAUAGCUUUAAUCUGAAAUGGGUAAUUCAUAAGCUAUUGCAGGGUUGAACUAUAACAUGAAACUAAUUGGCACAAAUAUCUCCUAGAUGACACUAUUUGGUUCAGAGAAGUGUUGGUACAGUACAACUACACAUAACAAAAAAAGGAAUGGAAGGAAAGCGAGGAAUUUGGGAAAAAAAACUGCAUAACUCUUUUUCUUUUGUUUUAUAAUAUCUUGAGUGGAACCACUCUGUUGCAAUAGUAAGUUUUUCCUGGCCCAUGUGGUAAGAUUUUCUUCAAUAUCUGUUCACAGAGAACCUUGCCCUAGGGAAGGCUACAACUCAGUCUUCAACAUUCAACAUUACUGCUGACAAUGUUUAUGGUGUGUCUGGAAAUGCAGUGGAUGGAAAUCCUGACACUAACUUUUUAAAAGGGAGCUGUUCACAUACUCAGAAUAAUAACCCCAGUUGGUGGAGAGUGGACCUGGGUUCAGACCAUGUUGAUGUCUCUGAAGUUCAUAUAGUCAACAGGUUCUCACAGCAUGUGGUUACUGAAGACUACAAAAUAACAUUUGGUGAGUUUUGUUAUCCUUUGAUCAAAUGUAAGGUCAACCAUGCAUACAUCACGUUAUAAUCAACUGCUAAACAACAGGCCAGUUUGGAUGUUACAGGAAUUUUUGAAACCUCAGCUAAGCUGUUUUGACCUUGUUAUUAAUCAACCUAGAUGUUUUUACUUGUCAUUGCCCAGUCAAUACAGGGCCUCAGUUUAAGAUUUUCUAGCAAGGAUCUUACUUGUGGUUUCUUGUAGAGUUCAGUUAGUACAUGUAAAUGGGACCAGAGUACUAGAACCAGGAUACUCAAGUGUCAUCAUUUGUCUACACUGUACCUUCACAUGGGACACUAAGUUUACCUUCAGUAAUAACUUUUUUACCUGGCCACUCUGUUAAGGCUAUUAUGGCAUGUACAAAAUUAAUGUGAUUAAAUCCUUGUUUUGGUAGUUUUAAUUUCUUUUUAAUAUGCCAAAUAACAUUUCCAGGAUGUUUACUUUGCUAAAGAAUCUAUUACAAAUUGAUCAUGUUUGCCACAUGGAACCAAACUCUACUAGUAAUUCUGACUUUCAGUGCCUCAUAAUCUGCAGGUAGCUUUGAUGAUGUGUCACUUAACUCCCCCUGUGGAGGACUCUAUGAUUUUCAGAACUUCACUGCAUCAGCUGUUUGUUUUACCAAUCCACUGAAAACUGGUAGAUAUGUAGGGGUUUUAACCACAAAGAAACAAAGUCUUGAGCUGUGUGAGGUGGAAGUCUAUUCACGAGGUAACUUUUCACUUACUCUUUCUACUAAACUUAAUGUAGUAGUGAAGUCACUUUUCCUCUUUUAAAAAUUGACUCAUCCAAGACUUUCUUAUGUAUCUCAAAACAUAUAUGCAUUCAUUUAGGUUGAGUAUACUUAUGUUUGCAUGUUUAAUGUACAAACUGUAUUUACCAUUAUGAUAAUUACUACAGCCAAAAGUCACAUUGAAUUUUAAGUUGCACAAAAGCCUUGAAAAGUACACCUGAUUUUAUAAUUAUAUUGAUAAACAUUUGAAUGUAAUCAAAAGUAGAUAAUUCAACAAGUGCCCUUGGAAUAUGUUCUUGUCAAGUGGAUAAAUCGAGACUAUUGUUUAAUCUCACAGAAACCCUUUAACCAUGAAGAUCUUAGAAAAGUUUUGUUGGGAAUUAUUUUAUAGUCAUGCUUGUAAGAAUUGUCUUUUGAUAAGUAAUUUAAAUAUAGGUUUAUUUUUCUAUUUGAAUAUAUGUAUAUUACAACACUUUUUCCUUUCUUGAUAUUUGGGUCUUAAAACUUACCUUUGGUCUGUUGCCUUAAUAUUAAGUGUCUAAGAAUGGUACAAUUUAUCUCUGAGUAUGUCAGCAAUUUUAAAUCUUCAAUUGUACAAUCAAUCAAGCAAUAUAAGUAUGUCUCUCUAUUAAUUUAGCUGUUAAGGAUGACCAGUAGAAUUUAUAUAGUAGUAUAUUGUAGCUUAAGAAUGGAGUAAAAUGCCAUAAUUACAAUGGAGGUAUAUCUUUUAUUUCAAAAUUUACACAUACACUUGUACAUGAUUUUUUUCUUAUAUCAAAGUUAUUACAGUUUGGUGUCCUUUGCUUUCCAGCUUUUUGGCAAAGGCUGGUACAUCUGUAGGCUGCCCAAAAUGUAAUAUCUACCAUCAACCAGUUUUUUAAAAAUACCCUUUGUUUUAAUUUUUCUAUGUAAUGUACAGUGUAACAAACAUAUUCAAUACAACUCCAUGCAACUGUCAUUCUAUGGUCAGUAUGUGGACAGCGAUCAUCUUUGUCUAAGGAAACUUUUCUUUUUUUGUGUGUGUACAUUUUCUCCUAGAAAAUCUGGCAUUUCGAAAACCAACAUAUCAGCAGACAAAGACAUUAGUAAAUGGCACAAGUGAUAGAGCGGUUGAUGGAAAUAGCAAUAUGGACUUUUUGGGGUGGAUCAUGUUCAUUUGUGGAAAAGAAUCCAUUUCCAUGGUGGAGAGUGGAUCUAGGACAAGAUGA